GAGAAGACCCAUACUGAAUGGAGGGGUGUAGUCUGGAAAAUUGAAACACAGGCGCUUCUUAACGUAUAGAUCUGCUAUAUUUGUUUCAACGUUCUGAGAGUGCUGGCUUUGAUAGCAGUGGAGUGUCCAUGGCUGUGUUGAUUUUUGUGGGAGCUGGCUCAUAUUACCUGAAACAGUUUGCAAGUAUUCGAUACAAAUUUCGACAAGGCAAAAAGCUCACUCCUGAAGAAGCUGAAAAGCUAGGCAUCAAAACUGUUGAUGCUGACGCUGUCUGUGAGGAAAUGUUAAAAGAGAUUGAAAAGAAAGACCUUGAUGACUGGCAAAAUAUUCGAGGACCUCGACCUUGGGAGGAUUCCAAGACCAUGCAGGCCCAGCAAAGAGAGAAGUCUGCAAUUAGGUGAUGAAUAUUUGUGAAGACAAUUUCAUAUUGAGUCUUUAUGUUUGGGAAUGAACUUUUGGUGAAUGUAUAUAAUUGGUUCCCAGAUGUUAUGAGAAGUUUGCAAAGAUAUGAGAAGGAAAAUGUAUCAAAUUAAAAUGUGGCCUAUAAGUAUUUUUAUUGUACAAAUGUUAGAGAUAUGAAUCUUUUUUUUUAUUAUACAAAUUUGCAAAAAAACAGUUAACCUACAAGCAAGUAAGGCUAGUUAAAAACAUUUUCUGCCAUAAUCUAGUUUUAAAUUUAUGAAAAACAAGUGUUUUCAUAGCCCAGUUUAGUUUUUUUUUUUUUUUUUUGAAGGUUUGAAUUAUAAUUAGACAACAGAUGUUUAGGGCCUACAAGGGAUUGCCUUGUUCUGAUUCUCUGUUAUUGUGCCAGAAGUUAUGUUAAGGUCAGGGGAUUCUUUAGGACCUGAUUAUCUAUCAUCCUUCUUUGUUACAUUGACAGGUUAGAUACUUAUUAUUUGUACAAGGAUAUUGGAAUUGAAAUGACUUGUUUUAAAUACUUUUAUUGAUGUCAAAUGUUUUUAAUGUUAAUAUGUUGCAGAAAUAAAAAUGCAAUGAAAAUAAAAUAAUGAAAUGAA